GUUUGGUCUCCGCCUGCUCUUUGGUUAUCGGACCUCCACCUCUCUCCCCUCCAUUAGCUGCGCCUGACACAACGAUACGGAAAUUGAAGAGAUCCACAAUGCCUGACAGCGGAUGAAUCUGGUCAAUGUCGCCUCCGUACCACUGAGAACCACCAAUGGCAGUCCCAGGCAAUGAUGCUUUCCAGGACCUCUGCCGGAUCUUCUCCGCCAGAAAGGAGCGCAUUCUUGAAAUCGAGUUUCUCCCUCCGGCGCUGGGCCCGCUCCUUCAAGAUGGAUGUUCGAUAGGGGUUACGAAGAAGCACGUCGUAAAGGCGUUUACCGUCGCAAGGCGCAUAUUCUUCAAAGCGCUGGACGCCGCCAACUCGGCUUCUGCCCCUCCAAGGAAGGACACCGAUACCAAAACCGAUGCCGAGCUAGCUGUCUGCACCGAGAUCAUCCUACUGUACGACUGCGAGCAUCUCACAGCCUGCAACUGGCGCAAGAGACGCUUACUCUCCUUGCUCCCGCCCCACGACCACGAUGACCUAGACCCUGCCCAACGGCAGGCCGUUAUCCAAGCGCUGGACAACGAGCUCUCCCUGAUGAAGACAUAUCAGUGUUCCCCGCUGCCCCGACAUACCAAGUCCCCGACUCUGUGGCAGCAUCGGCUCUGGGUUCUCGACUAUAAGAUGCGUGUGCAGCCCCGCGAUGUGAGGUCGGAUGUCUUCGCGCUAUUGAACACCGAACUGUCUACAGUCCUCCGCGCAGGCGAGCUCCACCCGAAGAACUACUACGCCUUUAAUUAUAUGCGACUGUUCUACGGCCGUUUGUCUCGAGACACGGAGGAGGGUCCCGCCGUGCUGGCGCGGUCCAUUCUGGAGCCGACUUUAACAUGGUGUCUGGGGCACCCUGCGGAUAUAUCCGGCUGGGGGUUCCUGCUUUAUCUACUAGAGGCCGUUCCGGACCAGGCUGUCUGUGAGGACACGGUCGACAAGGUGCUUGGGUAUGCGAUUGGGAUCCGCUGGGAGGGGGAGAGCCUAUAUACCUUUGUCGACCUGGCUGUCCGGGCCUUUACCGCCAUGGGUCGGGCAACGAGGAUUCUGGGAAUGAGCGUCACGGCUGCUGAAACCUUCACCUCGCGGUUGGACCACAGACCAGCGCGUUGGAAGACCUGGCGCGAUGCUGCCAAGGAAGUCUGGACUGUAAAGCCGAGAGGCGGGGGGACGGCCGUCGAUCCCGCCUAGAGCGCGCUACGAUUCUUGACAUGGUGACCUCGGCCUGGACUCUUCAACCCUACGAU